AUGGACCCUAGUGAAGCCGACUGGCCAAGAACUGCGCCAGUCAAACAAAAACCUGAUGCGCAAACAGUCGAAGGUGUCCGAUUGACUUUUAUCGUUCCGAACGAGACUGAAGAAUCGAAUGCUGUUGCUAGCGAGCAUUCGGGCGGUUUGGUGGUUCAGCAUAUCGACGAGAGUGAAUUUGAGAAUGUGAAAAAGGACAGAAUUAUUUUGUACCAUGACAAACAAUGUUUGCUCUCAGCAUUCCUCUAUUUCACGACCAUCACUUCAUUCGUGUACCUGGCUAUUCUGUGGAUAAAGCAACGUAUGCACGUUCACUUAGACCAGCUUCAACUGUGGUAG